GUCUCUGUUUCCUGAUUUUUUUUAAGUGUUAAUUCUUAGCUAUUGUAAAACAUUGACAGGGCUUUUUAUUACUGGCCGCUUAACAUGUGCUUGCCAUUGUCACUGCGCUUGGCAACUGUGUUUCAACGAAAUCGCGCGAGUCUUAUUGCGUAACUGAUCGUUUGUAUGCGGUGUGACGGAAAUGGGUCUCCCUUUAAAGAGGAUUUGCCCAGGUGGCACUCACCUGUGAAUGGAGGCUCCCUUACAUAGACUGGCGAGGCAGCUUGUUUUUUUUUAUAAUUCUGUCCGACGGCCCCGUUGACCACUGAGACGUUACUCUCCCACACGAGACGCUUCCACUCAGACAGGCAGGGAGGGUGGGGGGUUGAACGAGUGUAAGGUAGGGGUGAUAAUCUUUAGAGACACUGCCCCUCCGUUGUCGUUCCCCACGCGCGGCGGCUCGGACCUCUCACCCCCAUAUCCACUGUUCACGCACGGCGGACUCGGCUCGUCAUGGCCAUGCUGCGUGGAGUCGCGUUCGCCUUCGUGUGGCUCGUGGUGCUGGCGAGCGCAGUGAGCAUCCUCUGCUACGUCGUCUGCACAAGCGAAAUUCAACUCGACGUGGGCCACUCAACGCAGGUGAAUAUCUCCCAUAAGGAGUACGAGCAGCAACACACCCGUUCCAAGGUGCUUCACAGGGACGUCGUCUUCCUGAAGACGCACAAGACGGCGAGCAGCACCUUCCAGAACAUCCUGUUCCGCUUCGGCGAGAAGAACAACCUGACGUUCGCCUUCCCGAUGCAGGGACAUCAGUUUUACUAUCCGCAGGAUUUCAUGGCCUCAUACGUGGCUAUGCCACCGCGCGCCAUCGGUGGCCGCUUCCACUUCCUGUGCAGCCACAUGCGCUUCCACAUGGCCGAAGUUGCGCGCGUGAUGAGUCCCAACGCCACUUUCCUAUCCAUCGUGCGCAGCCCAGACACACACUUCGAGUCCGUGUUCCAUUACUAUGAGAACAAUGACCCUGCGUUUAUAGCAGCAAAAAACCACAGCGACCGCGUUAACAAAGGCCCCUUCAGGACCUUUCUCGAAAGCCCGGAGACGUUUUAUAAACGGAACAGAAAUCGCGGUCCCUUCGGCAGAAACCCCAUGGCGUUUGAUUUUGGACUCAACCCCAACGCUGACGUGUCGAGUCGUGAAUUCCGCUCCGGCUUAGCGCAACUUGAUGCCGCGUUUGACCUGGUCAUGAUCACCGAGCGCUUUGACGAGUCCGUGAUCUUGGCCAAGGAGAUUCUGGGCUGGGCGAUGGGGGAUGUGGUCUACCUAUCCAACAACAAGCGUGCCAAGACUCAUAACGAUGAGCCACUAGAGCGAGAGGACACGCGUCUGACCGAGAUGAUCCGGCGCUGGAACGCGCUGGACGUGGCUUUGUACGAACACUUCUCGCGUCGCUUCCAGCGCCAGGUGGAGGCGUUCGGAGUGGGGCGAAUGCGACGCGAGGUGGACGCCCUGCGCAGGGAGGUGAGCGCCCGCAGAGAGGAGUGCGUGGCGAGCGAGGUGGGGGUGCACGAGAUCAAGGAGAUGGAGAUGAUGCCGUACGCGCCGGAGUCGGUGGACAUCCUGGGCUUCAACAUGAAGAGCGGUCUGGAGCCGCGGACCCGAGAACGGUGUCUCCGGCUGCUGCUGCCGGAGCCUCAUUACCAUGCGCGGCUCUACCGGACUCAGCGCCGCUCCUGGAUGGAGAAACUUCGUUAUGGGCGCAUUAUAAAUGCAGGCAGUGGGGCUAUAUUAUCCAGGUCGCCAACUUUCGCUCUCUCGAGUAUUAAUGAUUGAAAUGCUAAUCGGCAUUUUACUAAAUUGCACAUUCAUGUUGAUGGAUUGAGCGUUAAUGGGACAAAUAAGAUAAAUCAAAAUUACUUUGGCCAAUUCCAUUAAUCCAUGUCUUUAAAAUGGGAGAAAUAAAAUAAAAAGUAUUGUGCCUCGUUAGAUUAAUGAAAAGUUUGUAUCAACAUCGUUGUAAUACAUACAUGAAAUUGUUUUAAGAACACGUGGGCUUCAGCAGGGAUGCAACGCUCGAAGGGACGAUAUUCGGCGGCCAAAAGUUGUUACGGAGUGGCAGCUAAGGGGAGGAACGCGUGCGGGAGGAAGUCCACCGAAAAGAUGGAGUUUUGCAAUCGGCUCGUGUGCAAGUGCUAGACGAAUUGACACAUUGCGUGCGUGCGGGAGUUGUCAGCGGCCUGGGAAGACCCUCAUCCAGCAGUGGAUUGACCUUGGCUUAUGCUGAUUACGAAGUCUUGGUCGUCUUAAGGUCGUCAGCAACGAUAUUAGGGUUGUUUGGUGACGCAGCGUGGGUGUCUCGGCGUGAGGUCGGAGUCACUAUUCGGCCCCUAACUUGCUCACCCAUGCACAUCGCGAUUCGAUUAUUGGUCACGAUUCUGUGUCGCGACUUUCUUCACGAUUCAUCUGUUUCUGUAGCGCAUCUGUAACCAGUCACCUGAGUCACGUGAACUACGUAUUAUUGUAUGUUGAACUUCUUUCGCACCGUACGUAGCCAACCGUGCUCAUACGAGGUUCGGGGGAAGGACAACGAACUAAAGAUGCGCUGUGUGUAAAUCGAAAACACACACGGUGCAACGCGCCGCGAAAUAAUUAUCAAAUUCUAUUCGCUCACCGUCAUCGUUCACGUGAAUGGGCACCGGGUCGUGAUCCGGGCAGGUGGGGAAGAGUAACAUUAUGUAUUUACAAACCCUUCUUCAGUCUAUUACUAGAUGAAGGCCACUUCCACGCCGCGUCGGUUAUUGGAGUAGUUUGACCAUACUUCACCACGCUGUUUAACACGUAGGCUUUCGCGACCAAUGAGUUAAUGAGUUAAUGAUGACGUCACCCUGCUGCUGCUCUAUAUAAGAACGGGAGACACAGCAGAGCCUCACCAUUCUGGCGAAUUGCCCGAUGAUGCUGGUUGCAAUUACCAGCGAAACGUCGUACUCAAAUCGUAAAUGUUGUGGCUUCAACACACCGGUGGGCUAAAGCAGUGAACUAUUUGUCUUUGUCAACGUGACACAUUUUUACUGAUUGGCCGUGUCGGGUGGUGGAGGGUUACGACACAUUUAUAAAUAACGCGAUCUAAACCCAAAAACGUUGAUUAUGUUCACCACGCUGGUCAGUGCAGGUUGUGGUCAAGGUUACGGUUGGGGACAGGACCGCUCUUGAUGUUGUUUGCCGUGGCCAGCAAACUCACCUCAAUUGGGCGGGUUCAGGGUGCAGCGCCCCGAUGUUGACACUAUACAGCCAAGCAAUACACGUAUGUAUGAGUUGUAUGUAGUGCAUACACAGCUCGAUACAAUUCGGGCUAUUUGUCCGCACGUAACAUACCAUCGCUGAAUACCCAACGCAUCGGGACACCCGUUUUUUUGUGAACUCUUUCACUAUGUUCUUGACAAAAACCGUGACUCAAAAGCCAAACGUGAAUGUAUUGGCAUUGUUAUGCUUGUAGAGUGCGUGCAGGUAUUCUAUUGUACUGAGGCGAGUGUGAGGCACAAGGUAUCCAUAAUAGAGACGUUUUGGGUUAGAUCGCGUAAAUAUAAACGUGUCGUUAAACCCGCCACCACGCGACACAGCCAAUUAGUCAGAUUUGUCACGUAAACAAAAGGUGCCAAUUCGUUACUAGUUCAGCACACCGGUGUGUUGCAGAGUGAACCCACAACAUUUACAAUUCGAGUACGACGUUUCGCCAGGAAUUACAACUAGCAUCAUCAGGCGACAGCCAGAUUUGUGGCGAAAUCCUCCUGUUUCGUGCUUAAAUAGAAGGAACGGGGUAUACUAAAGCAAGGAAUGCGAAACGAACUUUGAGAACAAAGGCGACGUGCAAGUAUGCGCCCAGUCUCGAUCAACUCGUGUCGGUCGAGACUGCGAUAGCCCGACACGUGCUCAGUGUGGAGGUGCCGUCUACACGCCACCUACCCUGUGUCAGUGCCGCAUGGGGAGGAAGAGGUCG